GUGUUCUCCUUAUUUAUCUCAUCUUCAGCCGAUGGUAGUUUUAUGGACUGAAAUGUACUGGUCUCCUUAAUGUGUGUGUUGAGAAAGAAAAUCCAGAGUCUAGAGGAAUCCUAAAUUAGUUGAAAUUUACAAGAUUAGGAAUUUGUCCCCACCCCACCCCUGGGGCCACUGAGGUAUCUACAUUCCCUCCUGACCUGCUCUUGUGGGUGCUGAGGGCCUGUCAUCCACCCUGGGGAACAAUGAGGGUAAAUCUGCCCUCCUGCCCCCAGAUCCCUCUGGCAGUUUCACCCUACUCUCUUUACUGCUGGACUGACUGACACGGAGCUGCUGGCUGCUGCGAACAGGAAAUUUAUUGAGGAACUAUAAAUCUGGAUGGAAUGAAUUCAAAUCAGAGCAAGACAAUGCUCUUCAGCCAGAAGAUCCCCAGAAAUGCCUGCUUUCUCCACUCCUCCUUCCCUAUAAAAGGGAUUACAUCAGGAGGGUGAAAAUGAAAGCAGGCUGUAGCAUCGUGGAAAAGCCAGAAGGAGGUGGAGGGUAUCAGUUUCCAGACUGGGCCUACAAAACAGAGUCAUCCCCAGGCUCCCGGCAGAUCCAGCUGUGGCACUUCAUCUUAGAGCUGCUGCAGAAGGAAGAGUUUCGCCAUGUCAUUGCCUGGCAGCAGGGAGAAUAUGGAGAAUUUGUCAUUAAGGAUCCAGAUGAGGUGGCCCGACUCUGGGGCCGCAGGAAAUGUAAACCACAGAUGAAUUAUGACAAGCUGAGCCGGGCCCUCAGAUACUAUUACAACAAGAGGAUUCUUCAUAAAACAAAAGGGAAAAGAUUUACUUAUAAAUUUAACUUCAAUAAGCUGGUGAUGCCCAACUAUCCAUUCAUCAACAUUCGGUCAAGUGGUAAGAUGCAAAUCCUUUGAGAAUGUAUUUUGAAUUAAAAAGAGAACUUUA